AUGACGCCACAUGUUGCUACAUGUGAUCAGGACGUCGGGUCUUCUGUGUUGGAUCUGGAUCGAAGAUCUGAGGGUGGUGUUGUUAGCGAGUUUCCGGUGAGAUACCUAACUUGCCAUCACAACAAAGUCGUUGGAGUUUCCCCAAGGACUAUGCUCCGGGUGCAAGCUCUAAUGAUCAAGUUAGAUCGGUUGGUAGAGAUGAGAUGGUUAUCUGUUAAGGGAGAGUUAGGUCAGGCCUUGGGCCAGCCCAACUUAGGCCCAACUAGCAAGGAGCUGGAAAAGACCGUCCGGGCGCUAGGCGAGCGUCAAGCGCAAGAGCUAGACAAGUUCGACAGGCGAGCGUCAGGCAAGGCUGGCACGCCAGAGCUUAUUCGGCGAUUUCUCUUCUCUGCUGAAGUCAAUGGACGUGUGACUCAGCCAAAAGUCAUUAGAGCUAUAGUGAAGAAGCAACAAAAUGAUGUUCUUGUUGCUGAUAAGAUUCCAGUAUUCAAGGAAACUGGUUUGGGCAAAGGGUACUAUGGUUCUAGAGCAAUACACAAUGGAAGUAACUUGAGUAGAGAUUUUCUAGUAAAGCUGUGGGUUGCAGAUGCUAAAAUGAAAAAGACACAUGAAAAAAGAAAGCAAAAGUUUAUUGAGAGUGGUGUUAAAGAAGAAAGGGGUUUCCAUGGCAGGUCUUUAAGUGGGGAUGAUGGACCCAAACAAUUAUCCACAGAGCCUCUAGAAUCUUCUUCCCCUGAGGAGGCUUGGAUUGCACCUCUUCUUUCAAGAUCUAAUCUGCUCAUUACUAGGGACAUAGAGUGGGCCAACCUUACACUUGGCUUUGAACAGGCGAACAGAUAUGCAAUAGUUGAUGUGAGCAACCCACAUGAGCCUGCAGGUUUUAUUCGUGAGGAGAGCAAUGUGAUUAUGAGACAGUUGCUUCGUCUUAGGCGACCUUUUGUUGCUACUAUAACAGAUGGCUAUGGUAACGAGCUGUUUAGGGUGAGAAGGCCCUUUUGGUGGAUAACAAGCUCAAUCUAUGCAGAAGUAGGUGGAAAGGAAAUUGGUGUGGUUCAUAGAAGAUGGCAUCUUUGGAGGAGGGUUUAUGAUCUGUACUUGGGUGAUGAGCAGUUUGCAGUGGUAGAGAAUCCUGGUUUUUGGCACUGGACAUUUACUUUAAAGGGGAUUCAUGGUGAGGUGUUGGCUGAGAUUGACCGUGACUGGAGAGGUUUUGGUUAUGAGGUGUUGACUGAUGCUGGUCAAUAUGUCAUCCGAUUUGAAAGUGCUGCCACAUCACACCUCUCUGGAAAGGUGAGAGAAUUUAAUGUGGAGCGUCGAUUGACAUUGUCAGAGAGGGCAGUGACAGUUGCACUGGCUGUGUCUUUGGAUAAUGACUAUUUUUCAAGACAUGGAGGCUGGGGGCUUCCUUUUAUUGCGGUUGCUGAAUGACAGACAGAAAGAGAGAUGCCUGCCACAUCAGCAUUCCGAUAUUCAUGAUGUCAUUUCAUUGUUAAUUGUAUCAUUAGAGUUGUGUUGAGAGAUGAUUCAAGUAUACAUUGCAUUGCAUUGCAUUGCUGCGGUUAAUUGUAAAAUUGCUCCAGUAAAUGUGUUUGUGUACACACACACACACACACGUACACUUGGUAAAAUGGUUUGGAAAUGACUGGAAGAUGAAUGAUUUGAAAUACUAUAGAAUUUUGUGUUUCUAAUCUCAAGGCUGAAAGUUUAAAUUAGA